CAAGCUUUCUCUUCAUCUUCCAACGUUUUAAACCCGCGGAUCUAACCCUUGUCUUUUAGUCAUUCCAGUUUGUUUCGUUACGAGGUUGUUCCGAUUCCGAAUCUUCUUUCUCCAUUGUUCUGUGUUUGAUUCACAUAGGUUUUACUCAAUCGCUUUCAGAGAUUACGUGCUAUCCCUGGAUUACUUCAUAGCUUGAUAUGGCAUCCUCCAAGAAAAUGUGCUUCCAGCUUGGAAAGGAACAAUCCCAGUCUCCUUGCCUAACAGAUGUGGAGCCAGACAGAAUUAGUUGUUUACCAGAUCAUGUAGUAGAUCAUAUUCUGUCGUAUGUGUCGAUUAGGGAAGCGGUGAGAACAAGUGUUUUAUCAAGCAAAUGGAGGUACAAAUGGGCCACGCAACCGAAUCUUGUGUUUGACAACCAAUGUGUCCCUGUAGCUUCUCAGGACCUUACAAUUAUCAAGAACAAGCUUUUGAGAGCUAUUGAUCAUGUACUUUUACUUCAUUUUGGGGAAAUCAACAAGUUCAAGCUCUCACAUCGUGAUCUCAUUGGUGUGACUGAUAUUGAUCGUUGGACUAGCCAUCUAUGCAGAAGGUCUAUUAAAGAGUUUGUGCUGGAAAUCUGGAAAGGGCAACGCUAUAAGAUACCCUCGUACUUAUUUUCUUGUCAAAGUUUGACUCAUUUAGAAUUAUUCAAUUGUUGGCUUAAACCUCCAUCUAAUUUUCGAGGCUUUAGGAACUUGAAGAGUCUUGAUCUGCAACAUGUUACCUUGGCUCAAGAUGUUUUUGAAAAUUUGAUAUCCAACUGCCCUCAGCUUGAACGGUUGACUUUGAUGAACUUUGAUGGUUUCACUCAACUUAAUAUUGAUGCACCGAAUCUCCUGUUUUUUGACAUUGGAGGUAGAUUUGAGGAUGUUAGCUUUAAGAACACUUCCCAAUUAGCUGUGGUAUCUAUUGGUUUGUAUUUGAACUUUGAAAUCAACCAUAGUAGAUUGCAUGUUGGUUCAAGCAAUUUGCUCAAAUUUUUUUAUCAUCUGCCACACGUGCAAAGGCUAGAGGUUCAAAGCUAUUUUUUAAAGUAUUUAGCAGUGGGAGUUGUGCCAAUAAAUCUUCCGCGUGAAUGCGCUGAUCUAAGUUAUCUUUCCAUAAGAAUAAACUUCAAUGAUUCGAAGGAAAUUUCAGCUGCUCUUUGCCUUUUACGAAACUCACCUAAUCUACAAGAACUAGAAAUAUUGGGUCGACCUGAGGAGCAAACUGUUCUGUCAACAGACAACUAUUGUUGGGAAGAUGUCUAUUUGACUUGUUCAGUCAUGCAACUGCGAUAUGUGAGGAUAGAUGGUAUCUCUGGUAUCCAACCCGAGUUAGAUUUUAUCAGCUUCCUACUUAUUUACUCUCCUGAGCUAGAAAGGAUGACUGUGAAGCCUGGUUCAAGUGUUGGAUCAGAGUUGAUGAAAGAACUGUUGCGGUUUAGGAGAUCCUCGGGACGAGCUGAAAUUAUUUACGUGGAACCUUCUUAAUGCUUUAAUUGAAUUCUUAAACGUAUAUAUUAUCAUUUUAUUUUCUUCAUGUGGUGAG